CUGGGAUUACAGGCGUGAGCCACUGCACCCGGCCUAAAAAAAAAAAUUUUUUUUUUAAAUCUUUCUUCUGGAGCCAGAUAAAAUGGAUGGGAAAAGAUAACCGGGGAACGAGAAUAUUUCUAGAUCUUUCAUUUUCCCAAGAUGGCUCAGUUGGCCAUCCUAGGAACUGAAGUGCCCUCAAACCUAUAGUGUCUGUCAUUUCACAGCUACUAUAACAUACAUUUUAUAUGUUGAGAUUUCUACACAAACUAUUAAUCACAAACAACACUUGUUAAGGGAACGUUGAGGAAGCAAAUAUUUUUAGAAGAAUACAGAUUUCCAUAUGAAGAUUUCACAGUAUUCCGGCCUCUGGAAAGGAAUGCGCUCCUUCCGAUUCCCGCCCUUUCUGCGACACCAUCAAGUCCUCUCCGCGCCCCUUAGGCAGUUCCGGAGUUGCAGGGGCCGAGGGAGAAUACAUCAAAAUGAUGUCAUUCAUGACUCCGAGAUGGUUACCAUGGCAACUAUCAGACAUAUUACUCUGUCAGUAGGGUAAGAGCCUGUUUAGUCUUCAAUCAAGGGUUUCCUCGGGCGUUAACCACUGCCUGCAGAGUGUGGACUGGCAGAAAAACGUUACCCUCGGGCCCCCCAGCACCAACGCUCCUUAAACCAAGCCCCACAAAGAAGUCACUUCGGCGAUGGGAACGCGGCUUUGCGGCUUCCUGGGCUGCUAAGGUCCUUAUGUUAACUACUUGAGACAAAAAUAAAUAUGGCCUUCUACAGUUAUAAUUCAGUCUUAGCUAUUGCUCGAACAAGAUUCCCUAGCCAUUUUGUCCAUCCUACCUGCUCUUCUUAUUCCCCAUCAUGUGCAUUUCUUCACUUGUCAGAUUCCCAUUUAAAUAAGACAUGUAUGAAGAACUAUGAGAGCAGGAAGUACUCGGAUCCUAGUCAGCCAGGCAAUACAGUACUUCACCCAGGAACUAGACUAAUACAAAAGCUACACACAUCCACUUGCUGGCUGCGAGAGGUUCCUGGCAAACCUCAGCUGGAGCAAGCCCCAAAACAUCCACAGGUGACGAGCCCUCAGGCCACAAAAGAAACUGGCACGAAGAUUAAAGAAGGCGAACAAUCUUAUAGACAAAAAAUCAUGGAUGAACUUAAAUAUUUUUACAAUGGAUUCUACUUACUUUGGAUUGAUGCCAAAGUUGCUGCCAGAAUGGUUUGGAGGCUGUUGCAUGGACAGGUCCUGACCAGACGAGAGAGGCGAAGGCUGUUGAGAACUUGUGUUGAUUUCUUCCGCCUGGUUCCAUUUAUGGUGUUCAUAAUUGUACCCUUCAUGGAAUUCUUAUUACCAGUGUUUCUGAAACUCUUCCCAGAGAUGUUGCCAUCAACUUUUGAAAGUGAAUCCAAAAAGGAAGAAAAACAGAAAAAGAAAAUGGCUGUAAAGUUGGAACUAGCAAAAUUUCUUCAAGAAACCAUGACAGAAAUGGCAAGGAGGAACAGAGCCAAGAUGGGCGAUGCCUCUACACAGCUGUCAUCCUAUGUGAAGCAGGUCCAGACAGGCCACAAGCCCAGCACAAAGGAGAUAGUUCGCUUCUCCAAACUAUUUGAGGACCAGCUGGCCCUGGAACACUUAGAUCGCCCUCAGCUGGUUGCCCUUUGCAAACUGCUAGAAAUGCAGACGUUUGGAACCAACAACCUGCUCCGCUUUCAGCUCCUGAUGAAACUGAAGUCUAUAAAAGCAGAUGAUGAAAUAAUUGCCAAGGAAGGGGUGAGGGCAUUGAGUGUAUCCGAACUACAGUCCGCCUGUAGGGCCCGAGGGAUGAGAUCACUGGGUCUCACGGAGGAACAACUGCGACAACAGCUCACAGAGUGGCAGGACCUCCACCUGAAGGAGAACGUCCCUCCUUCCCUUUUGCUCCUGUCCCGCACCUUCUACCUGAUAGAUGUGAAGCCCAAGCCUAUUGAGAUACCACUCAGCGGGGAGGCUCCAAAGACUGAUAUUCUUAUGGAAUUACCUACUUUCACCGAAUCUAAAGAGAACAUGGUGGAUCUUGCACCUCAACGGAAGGGAACUAAGGAUGAAGACUUUAUACAGCCGCCACCAGUUACAUCAUCACCCAUAACACCAUCAACACCUAUUUCAUUACCUAAAGGAUCCAUCACUUCUAAAGAAGCUACGCUCCAGGCCAAAUCACAAAUGACAGCCCAGAACAGCAAGGCUAGUUCAAAAGGAGCAUAAGGACUACUUGAGGAUGGAGCUCACUCUCUCCAGCUUCCGGCCCUCAACAGUGGCAUCUGUAAAGGAUCUCCCAGCUAAGACACUCUGUCUGGCUUCAGAGAGUGGAUCAGUCGUUUAGCCCAUGGGGCAGUCCUUUGAGGCCUGGUAACCAUUCCAGGUGAUGUGAGUAGUGAGACCAAGUUCAGACCCCUUAUAAAAAUAUAAUUGCGAAGUCCCAUUUCCUCUGUGCCAUUGUCACCCCACUCAACUUUGUAUAAAGCCCACCCCCCACCAUGUUGUUUUUUUAGUUUCAUGUGUACGUCCCUUAAGAGGGGAAAUUUUUUGCACAAUGGAAUCAGCUUGGCACCUUAGAUACCUCUGUCUCCUAUGGCUUGGAAUUCUGAGUAAGAACUUGGAAGUUCCAAAAACCAUUUUAGGAGCACCUGAUUAACUUUCUGAAUGAUCCACCAGUAGAAUCAACACCCUGGAAACAAAGUACCUUAUGAGAUGGGAUGGAUAUACUCCCCAAAAGAUCUUUCUGGAUAUAAUGAAGCUUCUUGGAGAAAAUGGGAAGUUAAACAGACUGGCAAUCAGAAAGAUUUGGCUGCUUCUGACAUCCCCCUCUUGGGCCUGCAGAGGCUGCAGCAAUCUGCUAGGCAGCCACUCUUCUAGCGCAUAUGGCUUUCAUUAGCCACCAUUUUGCUAGAAGCAUAAUUAAGGGUUUAAGCCUUAAUCAUUUGUUUGUGUUGGGUGUGUGUGUUUCUGGCCAGUUUGUCUUUCACAAGACUAUUUAUUAGUCAUAGGAGUUGUGAAGGUCUGAUAUAAUCCCUGUGCUACCCAGCAACAAGUAUCACAUUAGGAUAUUUAUGUUUGGUGUUUUCAGUAUUAAUAAUACUGAAAUAAUAGACUGCCAUGCAGCUGACCAAGGGCUUUCUUCCCUUGGGGAGUGGUUAGAAGGCCAAAGGUAUUUCAGCCUGUAGGUGAUAAAAUUAGAUUUACUUGCUGUGGUUAGACAGCAGUCAAUUAAAAUAAGUAAAACUCAACUGUCCUGUCUGGGAUCACCUAAAUGAGGAAUGUCACCAGCACUUCACAACAAGAAUAUGUAUUCUACAGUGCUUUCUAAACUUCUGCUCCAUCAGAGAAGCCCCACCAUGUCCCACUAAUGAAGCCCAGUUCUUUGGGAAUGAUGAAUCCCUACUGUGCAAAUACAGCAGUCAUGGAUCCUGCCUAGCGAGGUGAUUCACAAUAUAUUUUCCCGUUUCAAAAA